AUGAUCACCAAUCUUCCAAUGGAUUUGAUGGAGGAUAUUUUGUCUAGGGUUCCUAUAAAAUCUAUGACAGCAGUGCGAUUGACUUGCACAAAGUGGAACACUAUAUCUAAAAGCCAGAUCUUUACAAAGAUGCACUUUGAUAAAGCCUUCGAUCCAGCAAAGGAAGAUGAAUCUGAGUCUCGGAUGAUCACGAUGACGGAAGGAAAUCUAUAUUUAGUGAGCGUUAAUAAUUUUUCUGCAGAGAAAAAAGGUAAACUCACUUGCCUUGAGGAACAAGUCAAGAUGUCUCGUGUUUAUCACUACGACGGGUUAUUGUUAUGUAUCCCGGAAGAGGAUGAUACUCAGGUUGUGGUUUGGAAUCCAUAUUUGGGAAAAACACGUCGGAUCGAACUCAGAUCUUCACAUGUUGUCCCUUGGGGACGACGAUGUCUUGACGUGUCCUGUUACGGUAUCGGUUACGAAGAUAAGGGAUCUGGUCGUAACCACAAAAUAUUGAGGUUUAUAGAUGCUUUCUUAUUGCAAGACGGGUACGAGUUUUUCUGGUAUGAAAUAUAUGAUUUCGAGACUGGUUUAUGGACGACUCUUGAUGUCACUGAUCCACACUGGCGUACAACAUAUGGCGAUGGCGUUUCUAUCAAAGGAAACACUUACUGGUGUGCUAGAGAAAGAGGCGCAGAUGGAUGGAAUGGUGAGAGGGAUUUUAUCAAAUACAUAAUAUGUUUUGAUUAUACAAGAAAGAUAUUUGGGCCUCUUCUGGCUCUGCCUUGUCAAUAUACGUAUGCGCAUGUGACCUUAUCUUGUGUCAGAGAAGAGAAGCUCGCGGCUUUAUGUAACUCCCACAAGAAUGAUUGGUAUCUGUUUGAGAUAUGGAUUUCGACGAGGAUUGAGGCCGGAAAGGUGUCGUGGAGCAAGUUCUUCACAUUUAAUGAAGAUUCACUCCCUUAUGACAUUUGUUUUUUAUUAGGGAGUUUCUUUAUUGACCAAGUGAAGAAAGUCGUCAUGUUUUGUGGUAGAAGGUUGAAUUACCACACAGUUUGCAUCAAUAAUGAAGAGGGUGAAUACCAAGGGGUAUUGGAUCUCCAAGAGUGUACCUGUACCAAGGAUACGUGGUGGCGAUCAAGUGUGUGCUCUUAUGUUCCAAGUUUAGUGCAAAUCAAGGAUGCUAAAGGUGGCCAAAGGGAAAAACAAAGUGAUUUAGAAAAUUCUCGUUAUGAUGAGAUGAUGUCGAGACAUACCCUCUUUAUGGGGAAGCUUAAAACGCCUGAUUUCAGCUGCUCAGUGUAA